GCCAGGGAGAUUCUACCAAGUCACUUUAAAAGUUUUCCAGUUUUACUAUCUUGUCUGCACAAGCAGUAAACACGCAUAUACAGUUCCAGCAACGUCUCAGCUGAUAUACUCUAAACCUAUAUCAAGUACGACAAUACGUUUGCAAUGGUCAAGUGUGGCCGGCGCCGAUAACUAUCUAUUGGUGGUAGAAGGGACAUUUAAUAACGAGCAUUAUAACUUCACUACCACAUCUCAAAGUAAGCAAAUAGAUGGACUUCAACCACAAACACCAUACAACUGCUUCGUGUUUUCAUCUAACCAAGCUGGAUUUGGAACCAAAAGUAUUGUCAAGACCAUUACGACGCUGGUGCAGCCGCCAGGUGGUGUAGUUGUGACCGCAAACGGGAGAAACGCUGCGCAAGUAUCAUGGAACUCUGUACAAGGAGUGCUGUUGUAUCAAGUUAAAAUUACGGAUAACGACGACUCAGCAGCAACACCUGUCAUUCACGAAACGAGCAGAAGCAGUCUGGAAAUUACAAAUCUUAAGCCAUGCACUUCAUACACCAUAGGAGUAUCAUCUGUAAAUGCCUUUUUGGAGCCUGGGGAGUCUUCAAAUGUCACUCUCAUAACAAGCACAAUUGACUCAGUGACAUUGGUAGAAGUGGAAUACAGUUGUUCAAGUGGCAUGACUACUGUUACGUGGGACGAGGUGUUUGGUGCGGACAGCUACAGAGCUGUGGCGGUAGACGGCAACGGAACCGCGCUGAGCUGUACGUCCACAUCGACAAGCUGCCAGAUAACCAUGCUGCAGUGCGGCGAGGUGUACCUGGUCUCCGUCACCGCCAUCUCGUACGCCUGCGAGAGCACCUCAAACUACACAGCCUCCUUCCAAACAGUGCCUUGCCCACCUGUCGCACUUUCCCCAUAUCACGAAUGUGCCAGUAAUGUCAUCGUGUUUAGCUGGAAUGCUACCAACAUCACCAACUACUAUGUGGCCACAUCGCUGGAUGCCAACGGCCAGGUGGUGACGUGCCAGACCACGCAGACGUCCUGCUUCUUUACCAGCACCAGUUGUGGCCAGAGAUACAAGUUUGCGGUUUCCGCAGUGUCUGGGGCCUGCAACAGUGGCCCCAGCAAGCCCAUCUACCAGAGCACAGCUCCCUGCCUGCCAGUAAACGUGCAGACGUCGUCCGACUGCGACUCGGAUGUGCUCAUCAGCACCUGGGACUCGGCGGCGGGGGCACUCUCCUACACGGUGGAGGCACGGGGUAACCGCAACGACACCUACACCUGCAGCUCCCACACCAACAGCUGUGCCAUGGACGCCGUGAGCUGUGGUGAGGUGCUGAGCAUCUGGAUCACCGCCUCGCACGACGAGUGCACCACCGAAAGCGUACUGGGAGAGGUGGCCGAGACAGUGCCUUGCACCCCUCAGAACUUCACGCUGGUGGAGAGCUGCAAGGUGGACUCGGUCUCUCUGGACUGGGAGGCCAGCAAUGGUGCCAUCUUCUACAUCGGCAUGGCGGUGCACGCGGACGGCUCCCAACACUCCUGCGCGGCCAUGGACACACACUGCGACAUCCAGGGCCUGCGCUGUGGCACCACCUACGACACCUAUGUCAUCGCCACCAACAUCAAGUGCAACAGCUCCGAGACCCAGCAUGCCACAGCCACCACCGCCCCGUGCCCCCCGACCUCUGUGUUGGCGAUCCGGGACUGCGCUGCCAACCACGCCGUGGUGAUGUGGGAGAGCCACCUGAGUGGAGGCACCUACACGGCGGUGGUGCAGGACGGCGAGGGGCGGCGGCUGAACUGCAGUGACACGGGCAACCACUGCACCACCCCGGUGCUGGCGUGCGGACAGAACUACUCCGUCACGGUGCAGCACUUUGACGGGACGUGCAACAGCUACCCCUCCACCCCCAUAUAUAUGGAGUCCGCCUCGCUGGACUGUGAUGCCGAAGUGGCGCUAGUCUCCUGGGAUCCGCAGGGGGCGCUGGGCGUCACCUACCUGGUGAACGCGUCGGGCAGUGAGGGCGUGGUGUCCAUGUGCAGCUCCACCAGCUCCAACUGUUCCCUUAGUGGCCUGCCGUGUGGACAGAAGUACAACGUCACCGUCAGCGCCUCAGCUCAUGGCUGCGCCAGCGCCCCCAGUGAUCUGUACCCCCUCACGCAAGCCUCUUGCACGUCCACUCUGACGCAGGUGGACAUUCUGUGCCGGUCGGACUCGGCGCUGGUGUCGUGGUUUGGGUCGGUCGCGGGCGAGUACACGGCUACAGCAGAGGACGGCCAGGGCCGCAGGCUGAACUGCACCUCCACAAACACCUCAUGUGAGGUCAGUGGCCUGCGCUGCGGUCAGCUCUACACGUUCAGUGUGGCGGCGACAGGGUCGCAGUGCCAGAGCCUGCCCAGCAACACAAUGCAGAAAUACUCAGUUCCAUGUCUGCCUGAGAGUGUCCAGUCCUCCCUCCACUGUGAGAACGGCUCAGCCUCCGUGUCCUGGAGUCCGAGCUCUGGAGCCGUGUUCUACAUCGCCACUCUGGAGCGGCCAGACGGGCAGCAGUCCCUCUGCAACACCUCUGGCUCCAGCUGUGACUUCAGCGGCCUGCCCUGUGGACAGACCUACGCGGUGACGGUGGCCGCCGAGGGACAAUCCUGCAACAGCUCUCAGAGCACAGGUCCACCUAUCAGGACAGCACCAUGUGUACCUGAGAAUGUCACAGCCAAUAUCAGUUGCAGCAGUAACAUAGCAACAGUAACUUGGGACAGUAGUCAUGGCGCAGUGGCUUAUACUGUGGUCGCAAAUGGUAAUGGUCACUCUGCUACCUGUAACUCAACCACACCGACGUGUGACCUUUCAACUCUGAACUGUGGACAGAAUUACACCAUCACAGUGUCUGCUGAACAUAGCAACUGCAGCAGUGGCAACAGCUCACCUGUGGAAAUCCACACAGUGCCAUGUGUACCAAGUGAUGUUAUGGCAUCAGUCCACUGCAUGUCCAACUCUACUAUGACGGUACAGUGGACUGAGAGUGCUGGAGGGGACACCUACACGGCCAUGCUAGAGGACAGUAAUGGCCAGUCCACCAGCUGCCAGUCCCUGGGCUCUCAGUGCAACGUCUCCGGGCUCCACUGUGGGCAGAUCUACCACGUGUCUGUGAUGGCGUCAGAUGACCAGUGCAGCAGUGCUGCCAGCACAGACAUUGCCGUUCACUCAGAGCCCUGCGCUCCCACGGGCAUCGAGGCCAUCUUGGACUGCCAGCUGGGCACGGCUACUCUGUCCUGGCAGAACAGCGCUGGAGCCGUGUCCUACACUGCUGUGGCAGAGACGGCGUCGCUCGGACACAACGUGACGUGUGACACAAACGCCACCAACUGUGAGCUGGAUGCGCUGGUCUGUGGAGCGGAGUACGCUGUGGCAGUGGUUGCCCAUGGAGACACCUGCUACACUUCCGCACAGAUGCCUGGAUACCUCAUCACAGAGCCCUGCACUCCUCUGAACCUGAGAGUGGACUACAGCCAGUCAGUCGCCCAGCUCCACUGGAACUCUACCCGGGGAGCCGUCAACUUCACCGCCGAGGCCGUGACCCCCCAGGGCCUGAACGCCAGCUGCAGCACCAACACCACCAGCUGUGCCCUCUCCGACAUGGCCUGUGGUCAGGUCUACAACGUCACCGUCACGGCGCAAAACCAGGUGUGCCAGGACACGUCUGCGGUGUACCAGCUGAUGACAGAGCCCUGUGCUCCACAGAACGUCCAGUCCAGCAAUGACUGCGAGACAAACACCGGCACUGUUUCCUGGGAGCAGAGCCUGGGCGCCGUGGGAUACGCUGUCCUCCUGCAAGGGCAGAACGGCCAUCCGGCCUCCUGUGUUACCACGGAUACGUCCUGCAGCAUGGAGGGCCUGGUGUGUGGCACGGUGUACUCUGUGGGCGUCACGGCCAUUGGAUCAGAAUACAACAGCUCAAUGAGCAGUGGACCCAGCCUGAUGACAGCUCCCUGUCUGCCGGGGAACGUGACGGUCAGCGUGGACUGUGAUCAAGACAUGGCCGCGGUGCGCUGGAGUGGGAGCAUGGGGUCGGACAACCACACGGUCACCGCGCUGAGUGCUGACGGACUGCAGGCCUCCUGCUUCAGCGAGCAGGACCAGUGCAACAUCACCGGGCUGCAGUGUGGUCAGACGUACAACCUCUCCAUCACCGCUGCCAACCAGGCCUGUGCCCUCACCAACGACACGGGAGUCACCUUCCAGACCCGCCCCUGUGCUCCGACGUCUGUGUCCGUGGACCAGUCGUGUGGCUCCCUCAGUGCCACUCUGUCCUGGGCGGAGCAGGGCGGCGUGCAGCACUACACGGGCGCCGCCACCCAGGGCACCAGCGGACACGUGCAGACGUGCAACUCCGAUAACUCCAGCUGUGUGUUCCCCAGUCUGGCCUGCGGGGAGCGCUACACUUUCACCGUCACUGCCCACGGCCAGCUGUGCCCCAGUAACGCCAGCAGCGCGGUGGACAUCCAGACCGAGCCAUGCCAGCCUGUGAAUGUGACGGCCCGUGUGGCCUGCAACAAUGACACCGUGACACUGGACUGGGACAAUACCCCAGGGGCCUUGUCUUACAUCAUCAGUAUCUCUGGCCACCUGGGAUAUGUGGUGGACUUCAACAGCACAGAGUCCCAACUGGAGGCCACCCUCCCCUGUGGGCAGUCCUACAACGCCACUGUAACCCCACGGGACGACCGCUGUGACGGGCCACAGAGUGCCCUCAUGCAGUUCAAGACCGGCCCUUGUGUCCCAGCUCACGUUGACACUUUCGUCCAGUGUGAGGAUCACACCGGCUCUGUCAGCUGGUCUUCCAGCGACGGGGCGCAGAUGUACACCGCCUUGGCAACAAGUAGUAAUGGUGACACCCACCAGUGUGUGACGAAUGACACGUUGUGCACCUGGAACGACCUUCAGUGUGGCGAGCGCUACAUCGUCACGGUGAUGGCUACUGAUGCCAACUGCUCCAGCCUUCCAAGCAACAGCUCUACCCUAUAUAUGGCUCCCUGCGCUCCCGUAAACGUGACAAACACGGUGGACUGCUCCACGGGUGUUGUCCUGGUCAUCUGGGACCACAGCCACGGCGCCGUCUCGUACACCGUGAGCGCCCAGGGCAGCGGCGGCUACGCGUCCACCUGCAACACGACCGGCACCAGCUGCCAGUUCAGCGACCUGCUCUGCGGCAUGACCUACGACAUCACUCUCAGCGCCCAAUCAGUCGACCAGACCUGUUCCAGCCAACUCAGCAGCCCCAUCAGCAUAGAUACCGUCCCCUGUGAGCCUCAGAAUGCCAGUGCCCAGCUGAACUGCACUACCCAUGGUGCACUAGUGUCCUGGGAGGCCGGCGACGGCUCUGAUAACUAUCUCGUGCAAGCUGUGGGUGACGACGGACACCAAGUAGGGUGCAACAGCUCAUCCAGCAGCUGCUCACUACCCAGCAUGCACUGCGGCCAGAGCUACAACGUCACCGUCACGGUGCUGGAUGGGGUGUGUGACAGUGUCCACUCCGAGUUCACUCUGCAGUCAGCCGCUUGUGCCCCAGGCAACAUUCAGACCAACCUACAGUGUGAUCAGGGCACAGCCACGGUGAGCUGGCAGCAGAGCAGCGGUGACAACCUGUACCUGGUUGUGGGCGAGGCAGCCAGUGGGCACAGGGCCACCUGCAACAGCAGCGCCACCUCCUGUGACCUACAGGAACUGCAGUGCGGACAGACCUACAAUGUGUCAGUCUACUCGAUGGACAGUGCCUGCAGCAGCAUGGAGAGUAGUGUCACACAAGUUCAUACAGCUCCAUGUUCUCCAACAAACGUGUCUGGACAUCUGGACUGUGUGACCAACGCUGCAUGGGUGUCGUGGCAGGAGGCGCGGGGUGCCCACGGGUACACGGUGAUUGCCGUGGGCGAGGACAGGCACAACUCCUCCUGCACUACCACCGACAGCACCACCUGCUCCGUGCCUGACCUGGGCUGCAGUGGCCGCUACACCUUCCACGUGAUCGCCACGCACCACCACUGCACCAGCCCCCCCAGCCCGGCCAUUCAGAUGGAGACAGCCCCCUGUAACCUCUCCUCCAUUGUGGCUUUCCACGAGUGCCAUGCUGACCACAUCGAGGUGGUGUGGGAGUCCUCAGAUAUUGACCACCUGUACACGGCCACGGCAGAGGCCAGUGACUACACGCUACUGUCCUGCAACAGCACCAGCUCCAGUUGCAACCUCACACAGGUGCGCUGCGGCAUGCACUACACCAUCGUGGUGACUGCGUCCUCCGAUACAUGCACGAGCCUCAGGAGCCCCCCCUACAGGAUUAGUACAGCUCCUUGUGCCCCUGUGAACAUCAGCGCUGAGAGGCUCUGUGAGUCCGACGGACUGUUUGUGUCCUGGAGCCCAUCACCGGUGGCCCAGUCCUACCAGCUGACUGCCACAGCAGGAGACGGAGACGUGCGCAGCUGCAACACCUCCCAGAGCAACUGCACCCUGACUGACCUCCACUGUGGCCAGGCCUACAGCCUCGCGCUCAGCGCCAGCCAUGAGAACUGCUCCAGCCAGCCCAGUCCCCCCGUCACCUUCAGCACAGUGCCCUGUCCACCUGAGAGCUUGUCUCUGGCGGUGGAGUGCGGUAACAGCUCUGCGGUACUGUCGUGGGGAGCGAGCACCGGCGCGGUGAGCUACACCGGCUGCGCCCAGGCAGAGAACAGCAGCAUGCUCUACUGUCACAGCUCAGAGGAGUCGUGCCUGAUGGAGGGCUUGGAGUGUGGGACCACCUACAACUUCACCGUCCAGGCCUCGGACGGCCAGUGCAACUCAUCGUUCAGUGAGCCGCUGACGGACGGACUAGUCCCUUGUGCUCCCGAGGGCCUGCAGGUCCAUCUCAGGUCCAUGAUGGACGACAGGCAGGUGCUUCGAGCCUCGUGGAGCGCCGUGGACUGCCCCGACGCCCAGUACCUGCUGGAAAUCUCUGGGAGCCUGCUGGGAGACCCGCAGAUGCUGUUCGAGUUCUCCUCCUACUGGACGAUCAGGAGCUUCUUCGAGAUCCCUGUCCCCUGCAGCUCCACGUACAACGUGGCGGUGAAGGCCAGGAGCUCUGCAGGCAUGAGCCCCGCAUCGGCUGCGGUCACUGGAGCCACAGCACCCUGCCCUCCUCUGACUGUGAAGUACACUGGCUCAAACGUGUCUGCCGUCGUCUCCUGGAAUGCCUCCGUGUUUGCCACCGAGUACAGCGUGUACGACGUGUCUGGCUCAGUCCCGGUUGAGAUCUGCAACACCACCGAUCUCUCCUGCACUGUGAACGGUGUCAACAGCGAGGGCAUCACAGUGACAGCCAGCAGCAACAUUGGGGAAAGCAACCCAGUCUCAGUCACACAUGCAGAGAUCCUACAGCGUAGAAGAAGAUCCCUUCACAGUGAUUUACCUGCCCCUGAGCUGACAGUAACCAAGGUGGGAACAGACUCCGUCCGGGUGGAGUGGACUCCAGUGCCUGGGGCAUCCCACUACACGCUGCGGGUCAGAGAGCCUCUCACUGCCCGUCCACUCAGGCCCGAAGUGAUGUCGGUCUACGGCGAGUCAUCGGGUGUGACCAACCUGAAGCCGGCUACAACCUACUGCUUCAGUGUGUCGGCCGUCAUGGACUCGCUCGCCAGCACCUUAUACUCAGAACCAGCCUGUGCCACGACUAGUGCUAGCAUCUAAGGCAGUUCUCCCAUUAUAUAAACUAUAGCCUGCUAGCAUACAAAGCUAAUGAGUGGUUGGGGACAGUACUCUCAAAUGAUUUUUGUAUGGGCUUUAUCAGGGCCAGUCACAUUUUAUGUGCAGAUGUAUUUUCUAACAACUUUCUAAUGAACUUUCAUGAAACGUUAUGGACGUAAAAUAUUUUGAAAUGAAACUUUCACUUACAGUAUCUGAUAAUCAAACCUACUAAAUGUGUGUUCCAUUUAUACAUCUUUGACAAGCUGUCUGUAAUUCAGGUCUUAUCUUUUUGUAUAUUAAAUGAAGAAAUUGUCAAGCACCUAAAUAUACAUAACAGCACAUUACACUCUUGGGUGUAUAUGCAAAAAUUUUCUUUUGUGAACGCAUGAAUUUCAGUGUCUUUGAAAUGAUGAAUGCCAAAUGUACUAUAUUUUUCUAAGCCCAUAGGCAUUCCUGUGCACUUUAGUGAUACAGGUGCAGGUGAGGCAGAUAAGAAUAAUCCAAAAGUGAAUAAGUCACUGCACACUGAUCACCAUUAACAUAGAUUUUUUAUUUGGAGUGAAGGACGCAGUUCGCUAAGCACUUUAUCAGGUUCCAUGAAGUGCUUAGCGAAACGUGUUCGCUCCAAAUAAAAAAACCUGUACUAUAUUUUCUAUUCCAGUGUGAAGACACCUCUUAUUUUGUAUAUUAACCAAUUAAAUUAAAUGUAAAUAAACAUGAAACACUUUCUACCACUUCCAAUGUCUGCAUACAAAUAGCACCAAAAAUCUGAUGCAUGUUUUG